AUAAAAGGUCCAUGGUCCGUGUAUGUCAGUGUCAGUGAGAAAGAGAGAGUGUGUGGCACGACGGAGAAGCGUGUGGUUACCUAGAUCAGCGACGGCGAGUCACCGCCGAUGCCACAUCGACUCGCGAUAUCGAAUCGAAAACAUCGUCGCUCGUAUAUACGCGGAUUUGGAGUCAUCUCGACUGUACUUCUGACUCGAAGGAAAGAUAGAGGGAGAAAGGGAGAGAGAAAGAGAGGGAGGUUUGCGUCCGAGCGUGAGCGAGAGGCACGCGAGCAAGGAGCUCGUAUUUGACGCGAGCGAGAAAGUUCCGAGGUUCGUGUACAGAAGAAACGAGUUUGUAAACGAGGCCGGUCACAGCGGAGCUUCAGUCCUCGAUGAGCGACACACGCGAACGCUAAAGUUGCAGUGAUUAAUCAAUCGUAUGUGUGUGUUUUGAAAACGUUUUUUAUUGCAUUUACGACAAUCCUCCGAUUCUUCCUGUAUGAAAAUUACUAAGUAAAGUAAUCGAACUGUGGGUGCGAUCGGAAGAGGGUCGCGAUGACUAUUCACAAGAAGGGGGCUGUAUCAAGGACGAAGAAGGAGACCGCGAAGAAUGGAGUGGCUACCACAUCCUCGACCGAGGUUGUCUCCUCAACCAGCGUGGUCGAGGAGUCGAGACAAGUAACGGAGAGCGAAGCCAGAAGUAGCACGACAGAGGUCACGAGCACCAGUCGCGAGAUCGUCAUGGAUUCCAAAGGUAACGUAAUCAAAGUUAUCGAAGCAUCUCCGCAGACGGCUCAGCAGAGCACGUCCGCUUAUAAGACCGGGAAAAGUUCUCAGGAUUUUAUAGCCGGAGAACAGACACAAUUGAUUAAGCAAGCGAAGACGACGCACGAGAUCCCACGCGAGGACGCGAAAUCUCUUUCGGAAAGUCAUAUAGCUCGAGGAGAAUCGUCUGAACGGAUCGACCAAUCCGUACAGAUGCAAACUCAAAGCGAAUCUCGCUCGACGACUCAACAAUCCAUCUCCUCGAGCACUUUAAUCGAGAGUUCAUCGACGAGCGAGGAUCACAGCGGACAUCGGCGAUCCACUGUCGUGCAAAUCAAAAACGGAGAUCGUGCUCCUGUAACUCAAACGUCACGAGCGACCGAAAGUACCCGCGCGAGCAGCGAAUCGUGCGAAACGGUAACGAAAGACGGUCAAACGAUAUCGAAUAAAACGAGAAUUCGCGAAACGGAGGAAAGAAUCGAUGAAAACGGUAAAGAGGUGUCCACGUCGAGCCGGGAGGUCGACAGCGAGCGUACCAUCGCACCUUCCAACGUGACAGUCAUUAAAAGUAUCGACGAUGGCGUUGAUAAGAACACUCGCGGUGCCGAUGCGAAAUCAAACAUCGAGAUAUCGACUCGCUGUUACAAACCCGGCCAAUCCGCGUGGGACGGCACAUUCGUUUAUGAGAAGCCCGCCGCUCCUAGAGGUAAGAAUGUCGUCGAUAAAACGGUAUCCGUGAGUUCAAAAGUUCACGGUGACGCGCGCGACAGCGAAACGAGCGUUAAAGUCACUCAAGCGACUUCCACGACCGAGGGGGUUAUCGAUCAGAUCUCGUCCUCGAGCACGACCGUGAUACGAGAUUCGAAAACGAUCACCGACGAAGGUCAACUAUCCGCGACGACUCGUCUUCGCGAUACCGCGUCGGGGAAAGUCAUCGCGGACACGAUGGAUUUUGCCGGCAAGGAGAAACAUUCGAAAGGACCGGUUCGUUAUUCGAGACUCGGCGAUUCGGCAUGGGACGGGAGGUUUGUCAUGGAGAAAACUACGCAGCCGAGACGACGUAACGAUUCCGACACCAUAACAUUUCGCGGAGACAACGUCGCGGAAACGAUCGAGAGGAAAGAUUUUCGCGAAAAGAGCGUGGACGGUACGUAUGAAAAGGAGUCAUCCGAGACCGUGCGCGUUGUAAAAGGUGCCGCAGAUAGCACCAGAUUCAUUUCCGAGGAACGACAUGAUGUAAGUAGAGAAAGUUCAACUCGUAUAGAUGAUACAUCGUCGAGUAAGGGAGAACGUCCUGCUCGCGUAUCCAGUCCGUCUCGUCGAAGACCAGCUAGACCCGGCGAUUCCGCGUGGGACGGUAAAUUUGUUUACGAAAAAUCAGAACAAGACGACGCGAAAAAGCGUUCUCCGACAGACGUCACUGUCGUUCGACGAACCGAGAAACGUCACGACUUUGUGGACGUUGAAGAUGUCACCGAAGAACAGAACGUAUCCGAGUCGGUUUCCUCUUCCUACAUUGUUGAAUACGCAAUCUCCAAUGACAAGAAGAAUAUCGAGAAAGUUACAUCGGUGUCCGAGGUGAUUCUGGAAGAAGACAACAUUGAAGAUAAAACGCGUGGUCCAGGAAGCCCCGAAAGACAAUCGAAACGAGACGCGGCCUCGCGCUGCUAUAAACCUGGCCAGUCUGCUUGGGACGGCACCUUUGUCUACGAGCAACCGAAGACGCCUGAUAGUCGUCGAAAGCCGGAAGACAAACGUACAGUGAAGACUGUCGAUAUUCGAGAUGUUACGGGAGAUAACUCGAUCAAUGAAGCUGAUGUUACAACUACCUCUUACAUCGUCGAACAUUCGUCGAGUCAACAAAGCUUCUCAGAUGUCAAGGAUGCCAGUCUCACGUCGACGAUUUACGAGACAGUCGUUUAUGAAGGACGACCUGUUGAAAUGACGAUUCGAUUUGACAAGGAUACAAGCCAAGUCUCGAACAUCAAGGAACGUCAGCCUAGUCCCUCUCCGCGUCUUACAACUCCCGAGAAGACGUCCAAGGACAGAGAUUUGCGAAGCACCAAACCAGGAUCGUCCACAUGGGAUGGAACUUUUGUGCUGGAGAAAUCGCAAGAGAAAAAACGACCACCUAGCAGAGAAUCCACCGAUGGUAGACCACCGGAGAAAGCUCGUCCAGUUGACAGCAAAGAGACAUCCAUGACCACGUCGAAGAAACAUGUCAGCGACACUACCAUCGAUCUUCGAAACAUCGCACAGGAUGUAUCUAGCACAUCGGAGACCGUCAUUGUGGAGCAAUCGGAAACGCAUGAGAGUUACACGGAUUCGUCGAAUCUCGAUCUCUCGACGACUUCCGUCGAAACUGUCAUCAUUCGCGAUGGUCAACCGGUAACGACGCAAAAAACGGUGACUACUAUUCAAGAAGGAUCGGCAAAGAAGCCGUCUGGUUAUGACGUGAUCGCCGACGUUAAGAAGAGUACUGUUAAAAGUCCCGAGAAAAAGGAGCCUUAUACGGACGACAGAAGUUAUCGGCCUACGAAACUAGGCUCGUCGACGUGGGAUGGCUCGUUCGUGUACGAGAAAUCAGAAGAGAAGAAAAAGAUAUCGAAGGAUAAACAUAUUGGAAUUGAUAAACAUAGUCCGACUAAAGAAAAACCGGCCAAAAUAACCGACCAUAAGACAGUUACAAUAUUAGACACAACAAGCGCUGCUGAUUAUUCUACAAGUUCUACUACUGUCGAACAAAGCUUCGUUACCGAUUCAAAGACAUACGACAUAUCGAAAACUUUCAUCGAGGAAAGCACGGAGGAUAAAGUGCACGCGAUCGAUUACAAGACACCGAGACAGCCCAUCGACGAGAAACCUAAACCGUCACCGCGACAGCGUCCGGAGGAUGUUAGGAAGCCUGGAGAUGAAGAACCGCGGAAGAGUCCGAUGGAUAGAACAUAUCGACCGUCUAAGCCAGGCGCCUCCACCUGGGACGGUUCUUUCGUGUACGAAAAACCGCAGGACUCGCGAAAGAAACCAGCAGGCGUAGAAGCGAUCGAGAAGCCGAGAAAAUCGCCAGAUGAGAAAUCUGAACCGGCUCCGAUCUCCCGAAAAAAGCCGGAUGAACGUCCGGAGGAUGCUAAGAAACCUAGAGAUAAAGAAUCGCAGAAAGGUCCGGCGGACAGAACAUAUCGACCGUCAAAGCCAGGCUCUUCCACUUGGGACGGAUCUUUCGUAUACGAGAAACCAAGAGGGAAACCCGGAGAUAGAAAAGUACCGAAAGAUACUCCCGAAACUACGGAUAAGCGGAGCCCGAUUAAAGAAAAACCGAGCGACAUCACCGAUCACCGAACGUCUGUUACGAUAUUGGAUACUUCGAAGGAUCUAACAAGCGCUAUCGAUUAUUCUACGAGCUCUACCCUCGUUGAACAAACUUUUGUCACCGAUUCAAAGACACGUGACAUAUCGAAAACUUUCAUCGAGGAGAGCACGGAGGAUAAAGUGUACAUGAUCGAUCACGAGACAUCGAGACAGCCCACCGACGAGAGGCCUAAACCGUUGCCGCGACAGCGUCCGGAGGAUGCCAAGAAGCCUGGAAAGGAUGAAGAACCCCGGAAGAGUCCGGUGGAUAGAACACAUCGACCGUCGAAGCCAGGCGCCUCCACGUGGGACGGUUCUUUCGUGUACGAAAAACCGCAGGACUCGCGAAAGAAACCAGCAGGCGUAGAAGCGAUCGAGGAGCCGAGAAAAUCGCCAGAUAAAAAACCGGCACCGACACCGAUCCCUCGAAAAGAACCGGAUGAAACGACACCGCGGCGAGAUGUCACCGAGAGCCGCUAUAUCGAAGACGUCACUGAUAUCACGCGCGAGGAUAUCACGCGCACGUCCGAAGCGGUGCAGCGAUCCUCUUACGUAAUCGAUCAGUCUUCGAGUUUUACUUCUGUGCAAGACGAGCGUGUCAUCACUGAUUUUACGACCGACGUACGCAAGGAUGUGAGAGAUGUCACCGAGUCAACGAAGGAAUUUAUCGACAAAGAGCAGGUGACUAGCAUGGUAGCGCGGGAUGUCGUCGAUAACAUCCGAUUCGAUGCCGUCACCGGCUCGGUACCCCUAUCUCCAACGAGGAAGCCAUCGCCGGAGCGGCCUGGUUAUCCUCGUGGAAUACCUGGACUCAGGGAGGAGGAUCGAUCGAAACCAAUUCCGGCUGCUGGAAAGCCCAGUCGGCCUUUGCAGCGUGAAAAAAGUCCUCAACGACCAGCUGAACGUGAUGGACCUACCAAAGUCCGACCAAAGUCGCCCGAAAAGCUUCGCGAUUAUACUUCGCCGACUAGAAAACCGCAACCAGCAGCCGGCAAGCCGAGUCAGCCUGCGGAGAAGCCUGAAAAACCGAUAAGACCGGAGCAAGAUGACAAACCAAAACAAGGAGAUGAAAUUCCAGAUGAGGGCCCUAAACCGAUACCGGAUAUACUCUCGAAAAUCCCCCUGAAAGAACAAUGUAUUUGCGAGCUUUGUACUUGCGGACGUCAUCGUUGCCCGCACAAUUUGCCUCAAGAAUUCGAAUUCCCUUAUGAAGAGCCGGUGCAUACCGUUACUUCCUAUCGUCAAGAUUACGAUGAAAAACACGUGGAAAAGCAAAUGAAAUAUUAUCAUGAAGAUCAUCUGCAUACAGAAGGCGAAUUUAUUGGACAGAGGCGAACCGAUUAUGUGGCCACUAAAGGCGAAAGAGCACCGGUUAAAAAACCACAAGAUCAUCUUAAACCUGAGGGAGAAUUCGUUAAAAGACCAAAAGAAGAGGCACCUAAAAUAGGUGAAAGAGCACCCGUGAAGAAGCCAGAAGCUAGUUUGAAACUCGAAGGAGACUUUGAUACUGCAACAACAACAGAGCUGGUCUUCACUGGUACUCCUGGCGAACGACCGACCCCAAUACGUCGCAAUACUUACACAAAGAUAGAGGGUGAUUUCGUUGAUGAAACGACGACGCGAUCUCAAUAUAUCGAUCAUCGCAAUAUUCAACGCGCUGAGAUCAUCAAACGAACAGAUAACCUCACCGUGGGAGAGGGUGAAUUCACUGGUACCUCUCAUACAAAGGAGGAUUUCCAUACUCAUGUUAUCGAGCGUGAACCUCAGUGGCGUCCGAAAUACCCUGAAGACAUUGAUCGGUUCUACAGCAAAACUGAUACCAUAGACAGCACUACAACUACCCAAGAACAAUAUCGAACUUUCGAUCAGACGGAUUACAAAAGCACUAUUAUUGUUAGAAGAGCUGACAAUUUGAGACCUGAAGGACCUUUUGAAGCAUUGCCUCAUACAAAAGAUGAUUACGUUGCGCCGAUAUUGCCACGCAGGCCGGAAUUACAGAAACCUAAAGAUAAUUUAAAACCCGAAGGACCAUUCGAAGGCCGCCCUAAGGAUGAUUACACACCAACCAGAGGAGAACGCGCGGAUGUUAAACGACCGCAAGAUAAUUUACGGCCAGAAGGUCCUUUUGAAGGCCGACCUAAAGAUGAUUAUAAACCUGCCAGAGGUGAACGCGCUGAUGUUAAGCGACCUGAAGACAACUUGCGACCAGAGGGGCCAUUCGAAGGACGUCCUAAAGAUGAUUAUUCACCUAAACGCGGCGAACGCCAUGAAGUAAAACGACCGGAAGAUAACUUACGUCCCGAAGGAUUAUUUGAAGCUCGACCAAAGGAUGAUUACCGACCAACGAAGGGUGAACGAGCUGACGUUAAACGUCCUCAAGACAAUUUAAAGCCAGAAGGACCGUUCGAAGGACGGCCUAAAGAUGAUUAUAUACCAACUAGAGGAGAACGCGCGGAUGUUAAACGACCGGAAGAUAAUUUACGGCCAGAAGGUCCCUUUGAAGGCCGACCUAAAGAUGAUUAUUCACCUAAACGAGCGGAACGCCCUGAAGUAAAACGACCGCAAGAUAACUUACGACCAGAGGGGCCAUUCGAAGGACGUCCUAAAGAUGAUUAUUCACCUAAACGCGGCGAACGCCAUGAAGUAAAACGACCGGAAGAUAACUUACGUCCCGAAGGAUUAUUUGAAGCUCGACCAAAGGAUGAUUACCGACCAACUAAGGGCGAACGAGCUGAUGUUAAACGUCCUCAAGACAAUUUAAAGCCAGAGGGACCGUUUGAAGGACGACCUAAGGACGAUUAUACACCAACCAGAGGAGAACGCGCGGAUGUUAAACGACCGGAAGAUAAUUUACGGCCAGAAGGUCCCUUUGAAGGCCGACCUAAAGAUGAUUAUAAACCUACCAGAGGUGAACGCGCUGAUGUCAAGCGACCUGAAGACAACUUACGGCCAGAGGGGCCAUUCGAAGGACGUCCUAAAGAUGAUUAUUCACCUAAACGCGGCGAACGCCAUGAAGUAAAACGACCGGAAGAUAACUUACGUCCCGAAGGAUUAUUUGAAGCUCGACCAAAGGAUGAUUACCGACCAACGAAGGGUGAACGAGCUGACGUUAAACGUCCUCAAGACAAUUUAAAGCCAGAAGGACCGUUCGAAGGACGACCUAAGGACGAUUAUACACCAACCAAAGGAGAACGCGCAGAUGUUAAACGACCGGAAGAUAAUUUACGGCCAGAAGGUCCCUUUGAAGGCCGACCUAAAGAUGAUUAUUCACCUAAACGAGGGGAACGCCCUGAAGUAAAACGACCGGAAGAUAACUUACGUCCCGAAGGAUUAUUUGAAGCUCGACCAAAGGAUGAUUAUCGACCAACUAAAGGCGAACGAGCUGAUGUUAAACGUCCUCAAGACAAUUUAAAGCCAGAAGGACCAUUCGAAGGCCGGCCUAAGGAUGAUUAUACACCAACAAGAGGAGAACGCGCGGAUGUUAAACGCCCGGAAGAUAAUUUACGUCCCGAAGGAUUAUUCGAAGGUCGUCCUAAGGAUGAUUAUCGACCAACUAAAGGCGAACGAGCUGACGUUAAACGUCCUCAAGACAAUUUAAAACCCGAGGGACCAUUUGAAGGACGUCCUAAAGAUGAUUUCAUUCCGAAAACAGCAGAACGUCCUGAUGUAAAGCGUCCGAAGGACAAUUUACGACCUGAAGGUGAUUUUAUAGAUCGUCCCAAAGAUCAAUAUAUACCUGCUGAGAGACGUACGCCGAUUAAACAUGCAGAUAAUUUGUAUCCUGAAGGCGGCUUCGAAAGACCUGAGCCGAUUCCUUACGGUCCUGGUGAUAGAGCAUCUAUCGUACGUCAUCCAGACAAUCUAUUUCCAAUAGAAGAAUUUCCAGACAGAAAACCCGAGAUAGAAACUUUUAAACCAGCCGAACGUAGAACUCCUUUUAAAUAUAACGAUAAUCUUCGUCCGGAAGGUGACUUUAUAGGAAGGCCUAAGGAUGAUUAUUCACCUAAACGCGGUGAACGCCCUGAAGUAAAACGACCAGAAGAUAACUUACGUCCCGAAGGAUUAUUUGAAGCUCGACCUAAGGAUGAUUACCGACCAACUAAGGGCGAACGAGCCGACGUUAAACGUCCUCAAGACAAUUUAAAACCAGAAGGACCGUUCGAAGGACGGCCUAAGGAUGAUUAUAUACCAACUAGAGGAGAACGCGCAGAUGUUAAACGCCCGGAAGAUAAUUUACGGCCAGAAGGUCCUUUUGAAGGUCGACCUAAAGAUGAUUAUUCACCUAAACGCGGUGAACGCCUCGAAGUAAAACGUCCGGAAGACAAUUUACGUCCUGAAGGCGACUUCCAAAGACCAGAGAAGGCACCUAUUGGUCCAGCAGAGAGACGUUCUCCGAUUAAACACCCGGAUAAUUUAAAACCGGAAGGAGAAUUUGCACGGCCAAAAUACGACGAAUAUCAUCCAGCAGAAAGACCUCAAGUAAAAAAACCAUCCGACAAUUUGAGCUUGGAAGGUGAUUUUGAAAGGCCGGAGAAAAGACCGAUUGGUCCAGUGGAGAGAAGAACUCCAAUUAAAUAUGCGGAUAACUUGAAGCCAGAAGGCAAAUUUGUAGGGAAACCCAAGGAAGAAGCUCCAAAAAGAGGAGAUAGAAUGGAUAUUAAGAGACCUGAAGAUAACCUUAAACCUGAAGGAGAUUUUGAGAGACCCGAGAAAGCUCCAAUUGGACCGGCUGAGCGACGAACGCCUAUCAAGCAUCCUGAUAAUUUGCGACCUGAAGGUGAUUUUGAAAAACGUUUAAAGGAAAAGACGCCCCUCAAAGGCGAAAGAGCAGAUGUUACCAGACCGAAGGAUAAUUUACGACCUGAAGGUGAAUUUGAAAGACCUCAGAAAUCGCCAAUCGGACCCGCAGAACGGCGUACUCCAAUUCGACACGAUGACAAUCUGCGUCCAGAGGGUGAUUUCGUUGGACGAUCAAAGGAUGACUUUAUUCCUAAACGUGCUGAUCGACCGAUUCAGAAGAAACCCAAGGACAACUUGAAACCCGAAGGAGAAUUUGUAGGUAAACCGAAAGAUGAUUACAAGCCGAUUAAAGGAGAAAGAACCGAAAUUGUAAUGCAUCGAGACAAUUUGAAAAUGGAAGGCGACAUAGAUAUUUAUCGAUCACGAGACGAUUACGUGACCACAUCUAAAAGAGAGCGUGUGGAUAUUAUUCAGCGCGAGGAUAAUCUAAAAAUCGAAGGCGAAUUUAUCGAUAUUCAUCGACGAGACGAUUAUCGAGUUACACGUGGUGAACGUAGCGAAAUUAUCAGACACGAAGACAACCUCCGUCCCGAGGGUGAUUUUGUACGUGAACGUCCAGAAAAGAUACCGAUAGGUCCGGCCGAGAAAAGAUCUCCGAUCAAACAUCUCGAUAAUUUGAAGCUGGAAGGUGAUUUCGUGCAGCGGCCAAAAGAACACGCACCUACUAAAGGUGACCGAGCAAUCGUCAGGAAGCCCAAGGAUAAUCUGAAGUCUGAGGGUGAUUUUGAGAGACCAACAAAGUCGCCCAUUGGUCCCGCUGAACGGCGAUCACCCAUUAAGCAUCCUGAUAAUCUUCAUCUGGAGGGAGAAUUCGUCGGUCGAUUAAAGAAAGACACGCCAUUGAAAGGUGAUCGAGCGGAUGUGAAGAAACCGAAAGACAACCUUCAUCUCAAAGGAGAAUUCGCGAAACGUAUCCCGAAGAAAGUAGAGCCGGCCGAGCGAAGAUCGCCGAUUAAACACGAAGACAACUUACAUCCUCAAGGAGACUUCUAUAUCGUGCCUAAAGAUGAUUUUACUCCGAAGAGAGGAGAUCGCUCGCCGGUUAAAAAACCCCAGGACAAUCUUCGUCUCGAAGGUGAGAUGGAAGUAUCUCCGAAGGAUGAUUAUAAGCACGUGAAUGGAGAACGCGUGGAAGUGCGCCGACAUGAAGAUCAUUUACGUAUGGAAGGACAGAUGGAUAUUCAUCGUUCCAGAGAUGAUUAUAAGAAAAUUACGAAAGUGGAGAAAGUUGAUGUUAAGAGACGCGAAGAUAAUCUCAGAAUGGAGGGCGAGUUUGUCGAUGUGCGUCGCAAAGACGAUUAUGUACAUGUGAUUGGUGAACGAGUGCCAAUUAAGAAGCAUGUAGACAAUCUCCGUCCGGAAGGAGACUUUGACAAACGUCAAAAAAUCGUGGUCGGCCCCGGAGAAAGAAGAUCGCCGAUCAAACAUCCGGAUAAUCUCAAGCCAGAGGGUAGUUUCGAACGUAGAAUCACAGAUAAGGUUGGUCCCGGCGAACGACGGACGCCGAUUCGUCACACUGAUAAUUUGAAGCCCGAGGGUGAUUUUAUCGGACGCCCGCGCGACGAUUUUACAUCCAAAAAGACGGAAAGAGUCGAAGUUGUGAAAAGAGAAGAUAAUUUAAAAAUGACAGGCGAUUUCGAAGGCACAACGUCUCAUAGAUCGACCUAUACGGUCCUGCGUGGCGAACGCGCGGAUAUCAAAUCGCACGAGGAUAACUUAAAGAUUAAUACCGGCACUAUGGAAACGAAAACGACUUCCAGAGAUACUUACGCGCCUUCUAAACAAGAACGUUCUCCCGCUGACAAAAUAGUAAAUCGUCGAAAACAUAUGGAAUCAUCUAUUUCGCUUGGUGACGACACUACUGUAAUGACUACGACGAAUCGACGUAACUACAACACCUAUACGAAGCGUACAGGAAAAGAUAUUGCUGCUAAGAUGAGUCAGAUAGAGUCCGAUACAAAGAAAAUCGUAGAAUCGCAAACUCUGACAGAUGGAACGGUUAUUACGACUGUAAAACGAACCACGACUUCAGCUCACUCCGAUCAAAGAGUCGCUAAUGCCCAAACUGUUAGUCAGCAACAACAGGUACAACGUAUUAACGAUCAUCGUACCACUCAGUCGAUCGAGGACUCACCAUCUGGAUUGCAACCUAUUGAUACACGAAAAACGGUAUCCAAUCAACAUCACGAACAAAGAAUGCACUUGAACGAGCAACAUCUGCGGUCGCAAAAUGUAGCGCAGACUCGUCGAACAAUCGAAGACAGAUCGAUUACGGAAGGACUGAAUCAUCGAGGACAGAUCGUACGAGGAGAAGAUACAUCUCAUUACGCAAUCGACGCUGUGCACGGCGAGCAUCACAGACAACAACAUCAACACGUCGAGCGUCAUCAUCAGGAAAUGAGUAAACGUGAUUACGUGAACAUGCAACACAUGGAAAGUCGGCAGAAAUCUGCGAUGAGACAGCAACACGAGCAUCAUACCGUUUCCAAUCAGACGCGAUACAAUUCGAGCAGUCCGGAAUUCCGGCAGACGAUCAAUGGACAAACAAUUGUGGAGCAAUCGCACGUCGAUUCGGCCAAGAAAAUCAGUCAUCAUCGCAAGAACGUGAUAUCCUCCUCGUCGGCUGACGUCAACAAUGCAGUGCUCUAUCGUAAUGGUGGCGUCACUACAUCCACUGAGGCGCUUCACACAAUCUCAUCGACAGCAGCGGAUCAACGAAAAAGUAUUUCGAAUCUAGCCGAGAGCGGACAGUAUAUCAGCAACUCGAGCCACAGCAACGACAGACGUAGUCUGACCUCACUACAUCGCAGCUCCAAGGAGGCGAAUCCUUGGGCCUCUUCCAGCUACGAACGCCCGCAAAGAAUCGUGCGACACGACAACCUGACUGUCGGCGGAAAAUUCUAUUCGCAGAGCGAAGCGAAAAACUACGGCAAUUUCUCGCAGAGUUCCCAAAAAGUGGAACGAGUACGAAGACAAACGAAUGCAUCUCACAUUAAUUUAGGCGACGGCAGUGUCGUCAAUUCUAGCAUGUACAAGAGAGAAUACGUUCCUAGGAGUAGAGGACCGUGUCCGGCCGCUCUUUUAGAAGCAAAACAGGCGCCCUUCAAACAUACUAGAGACACACCGAAGCACAAGUUUUACAUGCCCGUUGUAUCCAACUAAAUUAGUUUACUAACAUGUUUUAUUCAAUUUUCCGGAAAUAUUAUGCUAUAUGAUAUUAAUGCAUUCUAAAAGAUUUCCUUGCAAAAAUGGUUACAUUUAUAUAUAAUAUAUAAACAUCCAUUAUAUAUUAUAUACACAUAUAGUUUUCUGGAAGCUU